CAUCAGGAGGAGCUGCUGUGCACGAGACGCACGCAGGAAUCCACACGGAUAUUCUCACAACCCAUUACAUCUGCUGUAGAUCAUCCAGAAGAGCGGGAUGUGCGUUUAACAACCUGUCUGUGUUAUUCCACAGCUCAACAAGAGGAAGAACAAACCCUGGAAAGCCACUGGUUUAUUGCAGAUUACAUGCAUCCCAUUUUAAUCACUAAUUUAUUUUCUACUCGAGGAUGGAAAUCAAACACAGAGGGAUUUUCUGAAGUUUUUCAGAAGCUGCCACUGGAAUAACAGUGUGAGGAAACAUUGCAACGAGGCAGAUGAUGAACAGCAAAAGCAUCAAAGUGAACUAGACUGUUUGCUCAUACUGGAAAUCAGUGGAUCGUUUUAUUAAAGCACUUUUUGUUUUCGCGCACUCGGGACUCUUAAGCACCCGUCAUUUUCAUUGCAUUGAUCCAGGACAGCUUCUACAUCUCUCUUGCGUGGAUUUUAACAAAGUCAGAGCUCUUUGAGGCGGAGGAUGGAGGAGCAGAGCCAUCUGAUGCAGACCCUGGGCGGCGUGACCCUCACCGGACACCCGGUGGCUUUACCGGUGCCUCAUGACGGACCCGACGCGAGAAACAAGCAGGACAUCGGAGACAUUCUGCAUCAGAUCAUGACCAUCACCGACCAGAGCCUGGACGAGGCUCAGGCAAAAAAGCAUGGGCUGAACUGUCACAGAAUGAAACCAGCUCUGUUCAGCGUGCUCUGUGAAAUCAAAGAGAAAACAGGUCUCAGUAUCCGUGGCAGUCAGGAUGAAGAUCCUCCGGACCCUCAGCUCAUGCGUCUGGAUAACAUGCUGCUGGCAGAGGGUGUGUCCGGACCAGAGAAAGGGGGCGGGGCGGCGGCGGUUGCUGCGGCAACAGCAGCAGUGGGAGUGGGAGCCGAUAACUCCAUCGAACACUCGGACUACAGAGCCAAACUCAGUCAGAUCAGACAGAUCUACCACACCGAGCUGGAGAAAUAUGAGCAGGCGUGUAAUGAGUUCACUACCCAUGUGAUGAACCUGUUGAGGGAACAGUCUCGCACGCGGCCCAUCUCGCCCAAAGAGAUCGAGCGCAUGGUAAACAUCAUCCACCGCAAAUUCAGCUCCAUCCAGAUGCAGCUCAAGCAGAGCACCUGCGAGGCCGUCAUGAUCCUCAGGUCCCGCUUCCUCGACGCCAGGAGGAAAAGACGCAACUUCAGCAAGCAGGCGACAGAGAUUUUGAACGAGUAUUUCUACUCUCACCUCAGUAACCCGUAUCCCAGCGAGGAGGCCAAAGAGGAGCUGGCCAAGAAGUGUGCCAUCACUGUGUCACAGGGGAAGGGAAGCACCAUCACUGUGUCACAGGUUUCAAACUGGUUUGGUAAUAAACGUAUUCGCUAUAAGAAGAACAUCGGUAAAUUCCAGGAAGAGGCGAAUCUGUACGCAGCAAAGACGGCAGUGACGGCGGCUCAGGCCGUGGCGGCCGCUGUGCAGAACAGCCAGACCAACUCGCCCGCAACGCCCAGCUCCGGCUUUCAGAUGAAAGAUGAAGACUUUCAGUUGGAUGCAGCAGAAGAUAAAAAUAAUCUGUUAAACAACAUGUUCACUGGUUCUUCAGGUUCGUAUAGUUUGCCGGGUUCAGGAGACAUGUUUAUGAGCAUGUCUGGCCUGAACGGAUCCUACCAGCCGACCCAGGUCCCCAACACAGGACAGACACAGGGAGACUCCAUACGUCACGCCAUCGGACAGUCGUUGGGUUACAGCGACGGUCUGCGGGGAAACCCACUUUACAGCCCUCAUGGCUUGAACGGUAACGGUGGCUGGCAUGAUGCUGUCACUCCGUCUUCUGUGACGUCUCCUAUAGAGGGAGCAAACAGCGUUCACUCGGAUACCUCUAACUGACCAGGCCUGCCGUCUGAAGCCCCUUAACCAACCCGCAGGACGACCUACACAACCCAACAAAAUCUCAGAUGAGAACGAUGAGCGUGAUAAUGAAACACAGACUCAAAACCGCUUACUUUGACCAAAAGAGCACCACGUUGCAAAAAUGAACCGAUAGGAUUGACGGUACCAGCUUUCUUUCCAAAACUGGUGAUACCUCAAUAACCAUGCCCAACAUGUACGAUUGUGGAAACGAGGGAGGCUUUUGUCAUAUUCUCUGUGAACAUCUUUGAAUAGGUUUCAAAAUAUAUCAUGAUUUAAAUCUUUAAUUAACUUGUAACACUGUCUUAUUGCACAGUACAGUAUGUUCGUACUUAAGUCUGAUUUUUCUCGUACAGAUCAACAACAUUGAUUUUUUAAGUUGUAUUUUUAACGAUUUAACUUAAGCAUUAAUGUUAUUCAUCAGAAAUAUCACUGACAUUUUGACUUUAACAAAUGACGACAUGUGACAUCAACAUUGCAGUCAUGCAUAUUCAUAUUCAUAUUCAGCUGUAGGGUUCCAGAAGUAAAAUGCCAUUGAUAAUCUCCAUAAAGAAACUAAGUUUUGGCAAUAAUGUACAAACUCAAGAUGUGUACUGUAUGAAGUGAUUUUAUAUGCUUCUGUGGAGCCAAUUAGUUUCAGGUUCUUACUGGCUUAGAAAUCCAGUGUCUAUGGAUAAAACAUAUGGGACAUUUACUUCUGUAUUUACAUAACUUAUCCAGUUAUUUUAUAACACCUCCUACUUAGCAUUGCUGUUAACAGGGAGAUAAUGCAAAUCAAAUUUUAAUUUGAUAGUGCCAUAUAAGCGACUAGACAUAAUCAGCACACAUACUGUAUCUGUACAUAAAAAAAGCAUUUUUGAAUGUUAUUCUUUUCUUACUCGAUACAUUUGAAUUCUUCAUUCAUGUUCUGUAUGACAGGCUACACUGAUUCCUUUUAAGUUUGCUUAAAUUUUUAUUCAUCAGUUUGGGUAGUAUAUAAUUUGCAAUGCCGUUUUGAAAGGUUGUAAUAUUUAAAAAAAAAAAAAAAAUGUUCUAAUGUAUUAACAGAAUUUACACUGAGCAACUGUCUAUGAAGAAUAAUUCAUGUAAUAUUAUUAGUUUUUGAUAAAGGAAAUACUUGUGUUUCUGGCCAAAAAAAAAGUGUUUCAAUAAACAUUUCGAAUUGAGAUUCUUACCGGCUCAUGCAUGACAGCUAACUAGAUGCUUAUUUUUAGCAUUUUCCCAUUCAUGUUUAAUGGGUAAGUUAAUUAGCACAUACAGUACACUGACUGUC